ACCAGAUAGGUAACUGACCUCCUCCAGCCUCCGCUUGCUUAUCCAGAGAGUUCGCUUCGAAGCAUGGCAAACGUUGGAAGAAAUGGCGAACGUCGUUUGCGUGACAGGCGGCAGCGGUUUCAUCGGUUCAUGGCUCGUCCGACUCCUGCUCGACCGAGGCUACACCGUCCAAGCUACCGUCAUGCGCCUAGGAGACGAGGCCGAGACGGCGCACCUACGAUCCCUACCUGGCGCCUCCAAUCGCCUUCGCCUCUUCCAGAUCGACCUCCUUGAUCCGGACUCCAUCCUCGCAGCCAUCCGCGGCGUCUCCGGGGUGUUCCACCUCGCCUCGCCUUGCAUCAUCACUCGCGUCCAGGAUCCCCAGAGGGAACUACUAGAUCCAGCGGUGACGGGGACUCUCAACGUUCUCCGCGCGGCCAAGGAGAGCGGAGUGCGCAGGGUGGUCGUCACAUCGUCGACCUCUGCCAUCGUCCCCAGUCCUGGAUGGCCAGCCGAUCGGGUCAAGGACGAGAGCUGCUGGACUGACCUUGAUUACUGUAGGCAGAAAGAGCUAUGGUAUCCGGCGUCCAAGACGAUGGCCGAGAAGGCAGCUUGGGAAUUUGCAAACGAGAAUCGUUUGGAUGUGGUAGUUGUCAAUCCUGGGGCUGUGUUGGGACCGAUCAUUCCGCCGACGAUCAACUCCAGCAUGACUGUACUCGUGCAACUUCUUGAAGGCUGUGAAGAAGAGCAUCCAGAUUUGUACAUGGGAUCAGUUCAUGUCAAAGAUGUUGCUCUGGCACACAUUCUGGCAUACGAAAAUCCAUUGACAUCCGGCAGGCAUUUGUGCGUCGAAUCCAUUUCUGACUGGAGCUACUUUGCAUCCAAAGUUGCAGAACUUUACCCAGAAUAUAAGGUGCCUAGAUUCCCAAAAGACACACAACCUGGGCUACUGAGAGUUCAAAAUCCCUCAAAGAAGCUGAUCGAAUUGGGUAUGCAGUUCAGCUCCAUGGAACAAAUAAUCAAGGACUCAGUGGAAGAUUUAAAGCGCAAGGGGUAUGUCUGAAGCUGGACAUCUUUGCUGUGAUCUCAUAUGAAAUCAUUUCAAGUAGAUGGCAAAACAUGAGUAGCGGGCAAAGCUCUAUGAUAUAUGCUUAGUUUGUGGUAGUUUCUGUCAGUUCACAAUAUCGAACAUAAUCAGUGUGUAAAACUACAUGGUCCUAAACUUACCUCUAGCAUCUUGAUGUGCAUGUGGAGCUGCUUCUGUUUCGAGGAACAACUAGAGGUAUACAAUGUUUAUGCAAUGGCUUGGCAAGAGUUUGUACCUUAGCUCGAAAACUAAUUUAUCAAAAA